CACGUAUCGGGCGACUGGAUGGCCCCGCGGCCCACCCGCCGCUACGUGCUGCAGACCCUGGGCCACCCCGCGGCCGCCCCCGUGGUCGUGUAUGCAGAUACACACGCCGCAGCCGCAGAAGCCGCAGCGGCAGCAGCGGCCGCAGCAGCAGCAGCAGCGGCUGCUCCCGCCGCUGGCGCUGCCGCCGGCGCUGCCGCGGGGACCGCCGCCGACCCGGCCCCGGCGCCAGGACAGGCAGUGCAAGACGCCCAGGCGGCGGCGGCGCCGCCGCCGCCGCCGCCAGGGCCACUGGCGCCGCCGCCGCGUGUGCCGCAGUCGCUGGCGGCGCUGUCGGUGCUGCCGCUGCUGCGGUCUUUGACUCUGGACCCGUCGUGUGGCGGCGGCGGCGAGUACGUCAGCGGCGUGCCGCUGUUCCAGGACAUUGUGUUUGUGGUGCCGGGCCCGGGGGCAGCCGCCGCAGUGCAGGGGCUGAUGGGCGGGGCGGCGGCGGCGGCGGCAGGGGGAGGGGCAGGAGCAGGAGCGGGAGGGGGCGGGGCAGGAGCGGGGCAGGCGGGCGGCCUGCAGGUGCCGCCGGCGGGGGGGCUGCCGCCGCUGGCUGCGGCGGCGGCGGCGGCGCCUGCAGGUGAGGUAGAGGCAGCGGCGGCAGCGGCGGCGGCGGCGGCGGCGGCGGCGGCGGCGGCGGUCGGUGAAGUGGACCUGGAUAAUCUGCCGGUGCUGCCGAACUCCCGGUUCGUGGAGGUGCCAGUGAUGCUCAGCAGCGGCAGUAGCAGCGGCGAGGAGGAUGUGGAGCCCCGAGCCCCUGCUACUGCCGCCGCCCCAGCCGCCGCCCCUGCUACUGCUACUGCCUCCUCGGGCGCGCCUGGAGCCCCGGGUUCCGGUGCCGGCCCCUCCAACCCCACCGCUGCUGCUGCUACUGCCGCUGCCACUGCCGCCGGUGCUGCUGCUGCGACUGCCGCGUCCGGGCCUGCCACGGCCACUGCGCGCCCCGCCUUUGGCCCCACGCUCUCGCCGGCGGCGCAGUGGCUGCUGCAGCUGGGGGCUGUGACGCAGCUGACGUGUGUGCGGCUGGAGAAGUGGGAGGCGGUGCCGGCGGCCGCCCUGGCGCCGCUGACGGGGCUGGUGAAGCUGCAGCUGACGGCGCUGCGGCGGGUGGGCGCGCAGCUGGUGCAGGCCUUGGCCGGCCUGCCGCGCCUGACCUACCUCACCCUCGAGGGCGGAGCCAGCUCCCACCCUCCCCCGGGCUUCAGCAUGCGCGGCGCCGGCCGUACACUCGCCUCCCGUACGCCGUACAUUGACCAGGACGCCGUACGGCGGUUGGCGGCGCUGACGCGGCUGCGGCUGUUGUACUUAGGCGGUUACGAACUCGUUGUACGGCCGGUACUCUUGCAGGGAUUGGGGACUAAGCUGUACACCGGCCGUGAACGGGUGUUGAGCCCGGCGGAGGCGCAGGCGGAGGCGGAGGCGGAGGAGGCGCAGGCGGCGGUGAUGCGUGCGCGUCAGGAGGAGCAGUAUCGUACGCAGGUGGCGGCGGCGAUUCAGGCGCUGUUGGAGUCCGUGGCGCAGCUGCAGGGUCUGCGCUACCUGUCUCUGUGCCCCCUGGAGCACAUCACAGCCGCCGACAUGGCCGGCCUGUGCCGCCGCCUGCCCGGACUCCGAGUGCUCAACGUGCCGGCAGACACAGCCCACCGCAGCCCAGACCGCGGCGCAGCGGGCGGCAGGGGCGCAGGCGCCAGCGGGCGCAGUGCCACAGCAGGCCUGGGCGCGGGCGCGGGCGCGGGCGCGGGCGCAGCGGCGUCCACGGCUUCGCCUGGCGCCAACACAGCUGCAGCAGCGGCGGCGGCGGUGGCGGUGGCGCCGUCGGCGCUGCCACGUGUAUGGGUGGAGGAGCUGGAGGCAGCCGGCUGUAGCGCGGCGGUGUAUGAGGGCAUGAGUGAGGCGGAGUUCUGGACGGCUGUAGCAGGACUGGACGAGCAGCAGCGGCGGCCGGGCGCGCUGAGCGGGAUGGAGGAGUGACGGCAGCUGCUGGCGUGCGGUCCAGCCCAGGACACGGUAUGAACCUGUCAGGAGCUGUAGUUGGUGCGGUAGCCGGGGGCGGGGGGUGGCAUAGCUGGUGCCAGUACUACCGGUAGUUGGGGAACCGGCGGGGUAGAUAGGGGUGUUGUUGAAAAUGCGGGACCACAGAGAGAGUUGGAUCAGACCGUAUCUGCGUUGUUCGCGUGGCGAAGGUUGUCUUGUUGUGCCUGUUGUGCUGUUUGACGGCGGGAUCGGCUGUACAAGUUGGCGGGCGGUGCCUGCACCAACCGACCCCGGCUGUGUAUGUCCGGAUGAGAUGCGGUAUUACUGAAACCUUUGGUCUCAGACAUGCAAUAACGUGGCGUGCGCGCAGCCCUGUGGUCCCUUGAGGGCGAGAGCCAGCUUUUCUUGUCAUGCUACCGUAUUUUUUUGUGAUGCACGCUGAUGCGCUCAGGUGUGCGUGUGGCAGCUGCCCCCCACGAGCUGCCGUGUUUGGUGAUGCCUCCUCCUGCAUCCGGCCGGAGUCUGUUACCCUGCAGGCCUGCACCCUGCACGGAGUCU